UAAAAUUUUUAUACGCUGCAGCCAUCCAACAUAUCUGCGGCUGCCAUACCAGACCUGACCUGAUCAAACCAAGACCAACCCCAAAACCCAAUAGAAGAAAGAGGGAAGAAAGUUGCCAAAUGAAAACAGUGCAUUCCCCUCCCUGAACAAAUAAAUCAAAUCAUCGCUCAAAUUUCAGGAUUCUGAAUACUAUUUCUACUUUUUCAGUUUAUUUAAUUUUGUUUUCCUUUUUUGAUCUUGGAAAAAAUUUAAUCUUUUUGGCUUUACCCAAGUUUUCUUCAUCAACCCAUCAAGGAAAAAUCAUCAAGAUUAGCUUUAUUGAAAGUUUCUGCAACACCCCACCUGAGAAUAGCUUAAAGGUUUGAUCUUUUACUUGAUCCAAAGCUAUGGAACCACCGGAAAGUUGUGCUGAAGACACAGGUUUUGAAUCAGCUGAGAAGAUUAUUCUGAAAUGGGAUUCAACAGCCUCGGAAGAAGCAAAGGAGAAGAUGAUUUUUGAAGGUGAUAGAUGUGAAGUGGAUCGGUACUUACAAGCUGUGGAUGAAAUCCAACGGUCAAUAUCAUCCACAGGUAUCUCUGAUGAUGCUGAAACAAAAGUCAACUCUGCUCUUCAGAUCGCCAUGGCUAGACUUGAAGAUGAGUUUAGAAAUAUUUUACUUGUUAACAUUCAUGCUUUGGAUGUUGAGUCUCUUUCAGCUGAUUCCAGUUCUUCCAGGUUUUUAAGAACUGAUAGCGAAGUACUCACUGAAGGUCAAGAUGAUCAAUUUGAUCAAGAACAAGAUGUUGCUCUGAAGCACAGUGAGUCAAGUACUAGUGUUGCUUCAUCUAGUUACAGGUCAACAAGCUGUAUAAGGGAGAUAGAUCUGAUACCAGUGGAAAUUAUUGAGGAUCUGAAGUCGAUUGCUCAAAGAAUGAUUGCUGCAGGGUAUCUAAGAGAGUGUAUUCAGGUGUACGGAAGUGUGAGAAAGUCAGCAGUGGAUGCAAGUUUCAAGAGAUUAGGAGUUGAGAAGUUGAGUAUUGGAGAUAUUCAAAGACUUGAGUGGGAUACAGUUGAGACAAAGAUAAGGAAAUGGAUUAGGGCGGCUAAAGUUUGUGUGAGGGUGUUGUUUGCAAGUGAGAAAAGGUUGUGUGAGCAAAUCUUUGAAGGGGUCGGAACAUCUAUUGAUGAUUCUUGUUUUAUGGAGACAGUGAAGGGGCCUGCUAUUCAGUUGUUUAAUUUUGCUGAGGCUAUAAGUAUAAGCAAGAGAUCACCUGAGAAGUUAUUCAAGAUAUUGGAUUUACAUGAUGCUUUGGAGGAGUUGUUACCUGAUAUAGAGGUUGUUUUUUAUUCAAAAUCUUCUGAUUCAAUUCGAGUGCAGGCUACGGAGAUUCUUUCGAGAUUGGCUGAAGCUGCAAGAGGGAUUUUAUCUGAGUUUGAGAAUGCUGUAUUGAGGGAGCCAUCAAGGGUUCCAGUGCCUGGAGGGACUAUUCAUCCAUUGACUAGGUAUGUGAUGAAUUAUAUCAGUUUGAUUUCUGAUUAUAAGCAGACUUUGAUUGAGCUUAUAAUGUCAAAACCAUCGACUGGCUCUAGAUAUUCGGGUGAUCCAACGACCCCGGAUAUGGAUUUUUCUGAAUUGGAGGAGAAGACUCCAUUAGCACUUCAUUUGAUAUGGAUAAUUGUGAUUCUGCAAUUUAAUUUGGAGAGUAAAUCCAGCCAUUACAAAGAUACAUCUUUACCACAUUUGUUUAUGAUGAACAAUGUUCACUAUAUUGUUCAAAAAAUAAAGGGCUCACCUGAAUUGAGGGAAAUGAUUGGUGAUGAUUAUUUGAAGAAGAUGACUGGGAAGUUCAGGCAGGCCGCGACUAAUUACCAGAGAGCAACUUGGGUGAAGAUUUUGCAUUGCUUGAGAGAUGAGGGUCUCCAUGUAAGUGGGGGAUUUUCAUCGGGAGUCUCAAAGAGUGCUUUGAGAGAGAGGUUCAAGACCUUCAAUGCUAUGUUUGAGGAGGUUCAUAGGACUCAAGCAAUGUGGUUGGUACCGGAUUCUCAGCUUAGGGAGGAGCUGAGGAUAUCUAUAUCUGAGAAGUUGAUUCCAGCUUAUAGGUCAUUUCUUGGCAGGUUCAGGAUCCAUAUUGAGAGUGGAAAACAUCCAGAGAAUUACAUAAAGUAUUCGGUUGAGGACUUGGAGACUGCUGUCUUGGAUUUCUUUGAGGGGUACCCUGUAUCCCAGCACUUAAGGAGGAGAUUUCAGUGAAGGAAUGAAGUGAGUUUUGCCACGUUAGAAUCUAGGACACAUUCUUUAUAUUCUUUGUGGAGUAUUAAGGUGAUGUGAUACUGGUCAGUCUGGGGUGACACAUGCUCUCCAUUUCUCUAAGCGUCAUUGAUUAAAUUUCCAGCUGUUAGAAUGAAUCAAUUCUUUGGGAAGAUAAGGUUUAGCUCUCCAGAAAAGCCAGGUCUCUCAACCUGAAUGCUUCUGCAUUUUAUGCCCUAAAAUUGUUUUGUUACCACAUUUUAGUUUUUUUAAUUUCAAUUUGUUCAUAUGGUUGCUGUUGAAUUUCAAGUGUGUUCUCAAACUAUCUAUGAUAUGAGGAAGAAUUAUUUCUUUUCUUUAAACCA